GCCCCGCCCCUGUCCCUUGCCAGUCCUUCCUCUGUUGCGCCGCCGCCGGCUGCUGCUCCUGGACCCCACCAUGGAAGAGACGGUAGAAGACUCCUCCAUAUCAGCUGUCUUGCUGGACCAUUGUCAUUUCUCUCAGGUCAUUUUUAACAGUGUGGAGAAGUUCUAUGUUCCUGGAGAGGACGUCACAUGCUAUUACACCGUCACCCAGCAUUUCAUUCCCAGUCGAAAGGAUUGGAUUGGAAUCUUUAGAGUGGGAUGGAAGACAACCCGCGAGUAUUACACCUUCAUGUGGGUUACUUUGCCUACGGACCUAAACAGCGUCUCGGCCACACAGCAGAAAGUCCAGUUCAAAGCUUAUUACCUGCCCAAGGAUGAUGAGUAUUACCAGUUCUGCUAUGUGGGUCAGGACGGUGUGGUCCGGGGAGCAAGCGUCCCUUUCCAGUUCCAUCCAAGAAACGAGGAUGACAUCCUGGUUGUUACCACUCAGGAUGAAGUGCGAGAGAUCGAGCAGCACAACAGUGAGCUUCGCAAAGAGAACCAGGCGCUGAAGGACAGCUGUGCCGGCCUCCAGACGCAGAGCUCAGAGCUGCAGGCUGAGCUCCGGAAGCGGCAGGAGGAGCUAGAAACCUUAAAGAGCAUCAACAAGAAGUUGGAACAGAAUAUGCAAGAGCAGAAGGACAGCUGGGAGACAGAGCUGCUUCAGCUGAAAGAACAAAACGAAAAGAUGUCCUCAGAAAAUGAGAAGAUGGGAGUCAGAGUGGAUCAGCUGCAGGCCCAGCUGUCAACUCAAGAGAAAGAAAUGGAGAAGCUUGUUCAAGGAGAUCAAGAUAAGACAGUGCAUUUGGAAUAUCUGAAAAAGGAAAAUGACCAGCUCUUUCUCAGUUUAACUGAACAGAGGGAGCACCAGCAGAAGCUCGAGAAGAAAGUGGAGCUGCUGGAGCAGAAAGAAGCUACUGCAAGGAAGAAGCAGCAGGAGUUAACGGACGAGAACUUCGACUUGUCAAAAAAGCUGAGUGAGAACAAGAUGAUAUGUGAGGUUCUACAGAGAGAAAAAGAGAGAAUGGAAGGAGAAAAUGAUCUUUUGAAGAGGGAGAACAGCAGAUUGAUGAGUUACAUGGGUCUGGAUUUUGACUCUCUGCCAUUUCAAGCACCUACUUCAGGUCAAGGAGGUGCAGGACAAAACCCAGGACUUAUCUUUGGAAACCCAUAUUCUGGCAUCCAAGAAAGUUCUGCCCCCAGCCUGCUCUCCAUCAAGAAAUGCCCCAGCUGCAGAUCAGCCUUUGCUGACAGCAUUUUUGAUCACACCUUGGAGGAGCUGCCCAUUCAGACCCUUUCUUUGAGUUGUCCAAUUUGUGACAAGAGCUUCUCAGCAGAACAAAAGCAAAUCUUUGAAGACCAUGUAUUCUGCCACAGUCUAUAAGUGUCCCAGCCUCUUGGAGCUAUACUGUACAUAUUUAUGGAGUAUGUACUAUAGCUUCUACUAUGAGUUAUGACACAAGAUCCCACCGAACCUGAAAUUAUUAGGGAUUUACUCAAUUCUGCUGCCCUAAAGGUAGAAUCAUGAUGAUCUAAAGCAGGGUGGGGAACCUUUUUUCUGCCAAGGGCCAUUUGGAUAUUUAUAACAUAAUUCACAAGCCAUACAAAAUUAUC